AUGGAAGAACCUACUUCGAAAAGUGUUAUUAGACCUAAUAUUUCGUUUGGCAUCGACAAGCUAGAGCCAAAGCUUAAGAGUGAAUUCAAAGGUGGAUUUACUAAGAAUAAGAACUUCUCACUCAGCAAGAUUAACCCUGACCAAGUCCUAGACAGAAAGAAACAGAAGAAAAUUAGAAUGAUCUCCACUAGUAUGAAUUUAAGAAAACCUGGAUUUGGGCUUAUGAACAAAGAUAAGGGCAACCAUUUAGGUAAUCAGACAUCAGUGUCUAUCAGAGAUCCACUGAGAUUUGCUGGGUCUCUCGACCCUAAAGCAAGACGAUCCCAGAUCUCUAAUGUUCCUGCUUCCUUCAGAAUCUUCAAAGGGCAUAGAAAUAGAAAAGUCGUCACAAUGAAGCAAAAGAAUGGCAAUGAAAAAUAAAACGAUAGACCAACUCUUAGGCUACGACAAAGUGAAACUCCCUAAUCGAAUAGGUAGAAAAGGCUUUAUAGCUGCAAUGAAAGAUGCUCAUAAACCUCCAUCCUCUAAGCGGGUUCCCUUCGAGGAUGAAAACCCUCUUUCAAAGAAGAAUAUAAACAGGAUGAUAAAGAGCUGGGAAGAGAAUACCUCCAGCUUGUACCUCACAGUAGAUAAGAAGAGAAGAGUAUUUGAGGCGUUUGACGAUGGCCUAAGUAAGUACCUUCCUAAGAAGAAAGUCAAAAACUUCUCAAUGCUUAUACAAAUGGUUGAAAAAUUAAUGGAUUCAAAGGAAACAUUCAAAACUAUUCUUGAGAAGCUAGACCCACCUAAGGGCAGGAGCUACAGACAUGAGCUUCGAGAAGAAGCCAGACAGAAGCGUAAAGAGAAAAUUCAAGCUGAGCUUCAGCAUCUUAGGACAACGGAGCUUGAGGAGUUAGAGCAUCAGAAAAAGCAAAAUGAAGCAAAAGAAGUCUUUCUCAAUAGUCGCAAAUCAAGCAAUAUAGAAGUAGAAGAGGUUAAAUUAACUUCAAGAUCGCCUAAGGAAGUCACAUUUUAUCAAGACGAGUUUGAUACUACUAAGACACAGAGAACUGCUAAGGCUAGAUUUCAUCCUUCUACCUCUCAUCGAAAGGAGACUUCAGCAACUUCUAAGACUAGAAAAGAAUCAUGCUUUAGCAACAGUACCAAAUUUAGAUUAAAGAAGAUCAAUAAUGAACCAUUAUACAAAAGAUCAGGCGUUUACACCCCUGGCUUGAACUUCUCAGAAGUGAAUGACCUAAAUCCCGGAAAUAGGGCUGCUACAUCCCUGAACACUAAACGAAAAAGCAUGCUAAACAGAGAUAUUAACUCCAACUGUUCUUACAGGAUUCCUCCAUUCGAUAAGGACAAAUUCUUAAAAGAAUUAAAAGAGAAAGAAGACAGAAAGAUGAAGCAAUCUACCAGAACUAUCCUUUCCAUGAAGGACAAACUCGAGAAGGAACUUCUUAAUUACAAACUAGAUGGAGCAGCAAUAUUAAAUAAAAAGAGCGACCAAAAAGUCGAGCAAAUACAGAAAGAUAACAAGAGGAUGAGGGAGGCUAUAGAUGCCUACAUAGACCUCAUGGAGAUCGGAGAAAGAGAUGAUAUCACCCUGCAAGAUAUGAUCAAUGAACACCAAGAGACAAAGCUAACCUCUCAAGAAAUUAACCACUUCAAGGGAGAAAAUAGGGUCAUUUCUCUGUUCUUGAAGAAGCAAGGUAGAAGAAAACUUUGGAAGCCAGAUAGAUUCGCUACUUCUAGAAGAGUAAAGAUAGCUGAGAGCUUUGACCAGCUCAUUGGAUAAACUCAAUACUUGAAAGUGGUAUUAAUUCAAAAGAGGAAUUUU